CUGAGGGAUUCACAUUAAACCUGUAAAUCUCAAAGGGGGCAGCCUGCGUCUCCAUGAGAGCUACAAACAUCCUGGCCGGUUCAUUUUAGCUUGCUCGGGAAAAUGAUGCGGAUGCCUAAAGGUGUCUCUCCGGCUUCGGGGCGGCCAGCAGCGGGACUGCCUUGCUCCCAGCAGAAGAUGAAGGUUUUAUCCACCGGAGCAGUGAAGACCGACUUCUUCAGCACGGGACUGUCCAGUCCGCCGAUGAGUACGGUACCGGCUGGGUAUUUCACCCAGAUCUGCAACACCCCCGCGGCGGAACAAAGGGCCAACAGCCUGUAUUCAACCCCCCACGGACUCGAGGCUAAGCCCAUCAGAUCAUCCUCCGGUCGGCUGCCGGCUAAAAGGAAGCUGGAUCUUGAGGACCCUCUUUACCUGCCGGAGUUCCGCACACCGAAAGGCAAAGGCAGUGCUGCAGCCAGGAUAACCAGUCCGAGGACUCCAAAGUCUCCGGGUGAGCGGACGCGGUAUGACACCUCCCUGGGCCUCCUGACCAAGAAGUUUGUGGGUCUGAUUGCCGAGUCUCCUGAUGGCGUUCUUGAUCUCAACUGGGCCACCGAGGUCCUGGAGGUCCAGAAGAGACGCAUUUAUGACAUUACCAACGUCCUGGAGGGAGUCCAACUCAUCCGCAAGAAGUCCAAGAACAACAUCCAGUGGAUGGUUGGAGGUGUAUUUGAAGGUGGUGCAAGUGGAGGGGAGAAAGCUCGUACACUGAGGAAAGACUUGGGGGACCUGGAGAAAGCAGAGAGAGCUCUGGAUGAACUGAUCCAUUCCAGCAGUGCACAGCUCAAACAGCUCACUGAGCACAAAGACAAUCAGAGGCUGGGCUAUGUGACGUACCAGGACAUCCGCUCCAUCGCCAGCCUCCGGGACCAGACAGUCAUCGCUGUCAAAGCCCCAGCUGAGACCAAGCUGGAGGUGCCUGAGUCUGCAGGGCAGGGGCCAUUACAGAUCUAUCUGAAGAGUAAGAACGGCCCCAUUGAAGUCUAUCUAUGUCCAGAGGAGGGUCUGGAGGAUGCUAGUCCUGUCAAAAGUGCUGCUACCCCCAAAAAGGAAUAUCCUCAACCCCUAGGCCCCCCCUCUACUUCCACCGUAGGACCCCCAAACUACAGCCUCAAACAGCAGCCUGUGGAGGCCAACCUGUCCGCAGCAGCCCCAUCCUCCUCCAGCGCUGCAGCCUCCACUUCCACCCUGCUGGACGUGGAGGGGCUGCUGGGUUUGCCCCCCAGCCUGCUCCAGAUCACGGAGGACCAGCUCCCUGGUGCCACUUUCACUCCAGACACCGGCACCCCCUUUGUCAACUUCUCUCCACCCUUAGAUCACGACGAUUACCUGUGGAGCCUAGAGGACGGCGAAGGAGUGUCCGAUUUCUUUGAUACCUAUGAUUUAGGAGAUCUGCUGAGGAGCUGAGGCGUAGAUGAAGGAGAGGUUAAGGGGGUUAUGCGGUAGGGGGAGGAAAUAUAUGGUGAAGAGGGGGAAAUAUAUAAAGGAUUGCCUUUUUGGGUUAGGAAAUGUUACACUAUGAAGCCAUCAUUUGCUUUUUUAGAUGUCAGUGAUUUCAAAGGGGGAUUUACUCCUUUUGUUUAUUUUUAUAAAGCAAAAAUCAUUCAUACAUGUUAUUUUAAAUAUGAUGGGAGGGGGAGGGGGAGGUUUGGGCAGAGAUGGAUGCUUGUGUGUGUGUACCGCCCAACCAGUAGGAAACACUGUCUCCUAACCAUGGUGGAUUUUGUUCUCUGUCACAUUUUUAAAUUGCGCUGACUACAAUGAUAAAGUUUGUAAUCUCAUACAAACAGCAGGAGUUAUUAUGCAUAUCACAUCACCAGCUAAACAAUUGGUGCUUUUGGGUGUCGGGCGGUGUUUACAGUGUGAUAACUCAGGAAU